AUGUCCAAUCCAUCAACCUCGUUAGACACUCAAGACCUGGCUCUCCGCGACAUAUACCAAUUGAUUCGCAAAUGUCAAGAAGUGCUUCUAACUAAUCCGUCCUGUCUGCAUACGCUUGCCGUGCGGGGCCAUGCGUGUAUGAAAGCCAAGCUGUGGGGUCAAGCUGUUAAGGACUUUACAGAAAUUUUGCAUUGCCGACCAGACGACGUUCAUGGAAGAUUUAGUCGCGGGAUGGCGCUUUUUAAGUGCGGUAAAGUAGAUGAUGCCCAUAGUGACUUCUCUCGCGUCCUUGAACUUAAUCCUGACCAUGUCAUGGCGCGUUACGCACGAGCUGGCUGUUACAAUUCUGAAGGUGAGUUUAAUCAAGCUAUUCAAGAAUAUAUGUUGGCACUACAGUAUGAUGACAAUGAAAACGCAAGAGGCUUCCGAGGUGAUAAGCGUCGAUUGGGUUUGCAUGAAAAUGCAGAGCAUCUUAUUCGCAAGACUUUGGGUUGCUCUCGACGAGAGUCAUCUUCAAACAAAUUAGUCAUUUCGAUGCUGGAAAGUGCGGCGACUUGCACUCCUUUGCACAAACAGAAAGACCUUGUCGUGCGCCAGCACAUGGGUUUGAUUCCAGAAAAGAGACGGAGAAAAGUAAUGCAAGUGCGAGUACAUUUAAACGAGUGGGUGACAGCAACCCCCCAAACGAGUAUUCAAGCACCUCAGCAAAGUGUCCUUAAGGCAGAUAACGCGACUAUUAAUGAGCUAGAGACACCAGAAAUGCUACAUCGUCAAGAGACCAAACCACGCCAAGAAAGUGCUUCUCGUGUAGUACCAAAAACAGUGCGUAAGGUCACUGUAGCAUUGUGA